CGUCAAAAGGGUGUCCCGAACUGUCUGAACACUGAGUGCCCAUCCCACUCUCAAAGGAGCUGCGCACACACACUCUGGCAAACACACUUACCACCCUGGCAGUCAGAGCACACACAGCUCCAUUCACUAGUUAUAAGACGAGAGCCACUUCCAGUUAAAGGACAUAAAGCCCUGAUCCGAGCUCUAGGAUGGAUGCACUGAAGAAGGGAUUCUCCAUGGCUAAGGAGGGAGUGGUGACCGCCGCCGAAAAAACCAAGGCCGGGGUGGAGGAGGCAGCUGCCAAAACCAAAGAAGGGGUCAUGUAUGUAGGCACAAAGACGAAGGAAGGUGUUGUGACAAGUGUAAACACAGUUGCCCACAAAACCACUGAGCAGGCAAAUCUUAUGAGUGAGACUGCCGUGGCUGGAGCCAAUCAGACGUCAGAGAAGGUGGUGGAGGGGCUGGAAAGUGUGGUCGCAUCCACUGGUCUCGUCAAACAGGAUGAGCUGGAGAACACUAAGGGGGACCUGACGAAGCAGGAGGGAGAUGUAGAGAAGGCUACAGACGCUGGGCAGUAGGGAGAUGUCACACUGAACGCCCCUGUGAUGCUCUGCUUCUUGAUUAAGAGAGAGUUCAUUAGCUACUGUGGGCCAUGGCUGAAUAUUAUCAUACUAAACCUCUGAUGGACGCUAAAUAAUAUUCAACUUAACUAACUUAAAAGAAUCCCACCUGCCUCUCUUGCUCUGUCCUCACAAACUACAAAUCUGCUUACCUCAAUUUACCACUUUCCUACAUGUAAUAAAAAAAAUGCUCACAUAACAACACUAUUAUUUAGCUAUGCAAUAUUCACAUAUACUGAGCAGUGUGUGUCAUUAAAUAUGCGCAAAUAUUACAUGCAUGUGCUUGUGAUUUGGACAUUUUAAUAUAGGCAAGGUCUGUCUUUCUCACCUGCCCCAAAACUAGUUUUCCUCCACCCAACACGAAGAGAUCAGAUGGAUGAUGAUUGUACACAAUCAGUGUGAGAAAAUAUUUCAAAUAUUCCAGUCCAAAUACACUCAAUGUAGUAUCUGUGACGAUAUUUGAAACAAGGAGUAGAAAAUCACAGAUCCAAAUCCAAAGAAGAGGGAAAUUGAUGUCUGUGAAGCAUGAAGAUAGCGGGUUAAAUCAGUUCCAGUAAAGUGUGGUUAUAGAGUGAUGGGGUUUUAGUAAAGUUUGCUAUAGCAGCCAUCAUAACCAACUCACAAAAUCUGCAAAGGAUUUUAAAGCAGCUGCUAGGUUACAUUAUUUUUUUUGUGGAAGCAAUGCAUGCUGCCUCACAACUUCACUUUAACUGAUCAUAUUAGUUUACCUGACUCAUUGUUUCCCUUGAAGUCUAAAAGCAGAUGUUUUUCCUUUUUUAUAUAUAUUCCGUCUGUAAUAAAUUCAGUUUUGUGAAAGAUAAA